AUGGCCCGGCCCGUGCAGCUGGCACCCAGCUCGCUGGCGCUGGUGCUGAGCAGGCAGGGGCUGCAGGAGAGGGCGACCGAGGCUGGGGACACGGAGGAGCCCAGCGGGCGCGCGGUAUUCCGCGCCUUUUGCCGCGCCAACGCGCGCUGCUUCUGGAACGCGCGACUGGCGCGCGCCGCCUCGCGGCUGGCCUUCCAGGGCUGGUUGCGGCGCGGGGUGCUGCUGGUGCACGCGCCCCCCGCCAGCCUGCAGGUGUUGCGCGACGCUUGGCGGCGCCGGGCGCUGCGCCCGCCGCGCGGCUUCCGCAUCAGGGCAGUGGGUGAUGUCUUUCCAGUGCAAAUGAAUCUAAUAGCUCAAUCUCAGUUUAUACCUUUGGCUGAAGUUCUUUGCUGUGCUGUAUCUGAUAUGAAUGCAGCUCAGAUUGUAGUAACUCAGGAAUCACUGCUGGAGCAUUUGGUGAAACAUUACCCAGGUAUUGCAGUUCCAUCUCAAGAUAUUCUCUAUACCACUCUGGGAACUCUGAUUAAAGAAAGAAAGAUUUAUCACACUGGAGAAGGAUACUUCAUAGUUACUCCUCAGACUUACUUUAUCACAAAUAUAACCAACCAAGAAAAUAAGAAAGCCCUGUCAGAUGAAAGCCACCCAAUGCCAACUUCCAUUACAUAUCUGGUGAGCAUGGGCAGCUCUGCAGAAUUAGCCAAAGAAAAUGCUGCCUCCAUUUCCCAUUGUCAGUCUUGCCGAUGUUUUCCUGAUGUGUGCACUCAGGAUGUACAGGAGCCGCAAAUUGCUGCAGAUGUGAUUAGAAAAGGCCAGAAGGGUCUCAGGGAAUCCAAACCUUUGGUACAGAAUCAGGCAGUUUCAGUGUCUGAGGAGAAUCACGUCUGUGACAGGGCCAAACCUUUACCAUGUACAAAAGACAGAGAAAAAGGCAAGAAGUUUGGCUUUAGUCUUUUCUGGCGGAAUAUAUCCAGAAAAGAGAAACCUAAAACAGAGCACAGCAGUUUCUCCGCCCAGUUCCCACCUGAAGAAUGGCCUGUUCGAGAUGAAGAUAACUUGGACAAUAUCCCACGAGACAUUGAACAUGAGAUAAUCAAACGAAUUAACCCCAUUCUGACUGUUGACAACUUAAUCAAACACACUGUCCUGAUGCAAAAAUAUGAAGAACAGAAAAAGUAUAAUAGCCAGGGUACUUCCACUGAUAUGCAGAUAGGUAGGCACAAAUAUUCUUCAAAAGAGGGAGUUAAGAAAAGGCAGAGUCAGUCUGCAAAGCCUCGAAGGCAGGGUCAUUCUCAUAGACACAAAGGCAGGAUUCAGGCAAGUGAGCCUCAGCAAAGAAACAUUAAACAGGAGACGCACCCUAAGCUCCUUGCUACACAGCCCACCCCCAGAAGUAAAAGCCCACAUGAAGUAGUCCAGAAACCACUUGGUGAGAAUCCAGCAGGGCUAGGUUCCCAUGUGAUUUACAAAAGGCGAAUCAGCAAUCCCUUCCAGGGUUUGCCUCACCGAAGGAGCCCAAUGACCAAAGGUCACAAGAGUCAGAAGACCAGUGAUCUGAAACCUAGUCAGAGUGGACCAAAGGAAAGGACUUUCCAAAGAUCAGGGUCUUUAGAUGCCUCAAGAAUCUUCAACCACGAAACCAAACAGCCAUAUACAGAACAACGUAAAGAUAAACUGAAAGGAGAAUCAAUUUAUAGGAGUAAUUCUGUCAAACCUAUCAGAAAUCACCUCCCGGAUUCCCCGCAAGGUAGUGUUUUGAAAAUUGACAGUAAAUGCUGUUCCUUUAGGGAAGGCAUGUCGGGAUAUGAUGUGUAUGGUGGAGAAAAGGAGGUAAUCCCUGAAGGCUUGGGGAAAAGUCACCUUGAUAAAUUAGGGGAGACAAAAGAAGUGCAGCACACCCUGCCAUCACAAGAUCCCUCCUCUUUAGACCAAGCUUCCUCUGCGUGUGGACUAGUUGCUAAAACAAUACAACAGUUCCAAAAUCUUGGCCUUUUGGAUUACCCAGUUGGUGUAAACCAUUUGAGACAACCUGAGAGACAAAACAGAGACUCAGAGGAAGAACUAACGAGAAAGGCAUUUAUCCAGGACACAGAGACUGCUAAUCUAGAAAUUGAAGAGCCUUCUGACAAUGACCAGGCCUUGUAUGAAAAUGAAGUGGAAGAUGAUGAUGGUGCCUGCAGUUCAUUAUACCUAGAUGAUGAUGACUUUUCAGAGAAUGAUGACUUACGUCAAAUACUGCCUGCUCAUACUCAGUAUUCCUUUCCAGGUGGAAGUAAGUGGAAUCAUUUAGGAAAACAAAAGGUGGCUGAUAGAGCUCUGACUGAGUACAACAGCAGAAUACAUAGACUUGAGCCUCCAGUGCUUAAUGGCAAUGAGUGUUACAAACCCAGUGAGUUGCUCACUAACCCAAGUGAAAGCCAAAAACCUAAUCUCGCUACUGAAAGCUGUGGCCUUAAUUCAGGGACCAAGUUUGCUUUUAAUUAUGAGGAGGAACCCAGUGUUGUUGAAUGUGUACAGGCCUCAGCGCUUGCUGAUGGAAGUAUAUUUGAUUACUAUAGCACAAGGAAAGCCAGUUCUGAGGCUGAAACCCUGCAAGACUCUGUUGGUGACAUAGGAAACAAACCAGCUACCUGGAGUCAGAAUCCUCAGAAUCAGGAAAUGAAAAAACAUUUCAAACAGAAGUUAGAACUCUUCAGUUCUUCACAUAUGCCAGUGUUGUCUCAGGCUAUCCAACAGGAACACAGUCACUUGGAAGGAACAGAAAAUCAUAGCAUGGCAGGAGAUAGUGGAAUAGAUUCUCCUCGGACACAGAGUCUGGCAUCUAAUAAUUCAGUCAUUUUGGAUGGACUAAAAAGAAGACCGAAUUUUCUGCAGAACCUUGAAGGCACAAAGAGCAGUCAAGCAAUCACACCCAAUUCCUUACUACAACUAACUCCAGUCAUAAAUGUUUGA